UAGUAAUGUCGAGACGCCCGACUUCAACCUGUGAAGAGCUACAUUCAGAAAUGGACUGUGAAUUGCAAACGAUUGCUACUCAAGUGUGUGAGAUACAAGCUCUGCAGGCAAUCUUUUGUGGCGACGAGGAGUUCUGUCUUAACACUCCAGAUCUCUUCUUUCAACUGGAAAAUUUUCUAGCUACUGACAGCAAAGAGACGGCUCAUUCAACCAAACAGCUCAAAUUUACACUCAACCUAAAACCUUCUGGUUGUAAUAAAUUGAUCAAACUUUACGUUUGCUUACCUGAAAGAUACCCGGAUGAGCCUCCUCUACUAUCCGUUACAUCAAACAGUUGUGACGUCGAUAGACUAGUGGAGGAAGAUUUGAACAAGUUUGCUCGUGAUUUACUUGGCAAUGCAAUGAUUAUGCAACUAGCCAUGCAUGUCCAAGAAAUCAGUGGAAAAUAUUUAUCGGUGGAAACUGAACAAAUAGUUGAUAUUAACAAGUCUGGCACUGAAAGUGAUAUUCGUUGUUGUCUGUUGUGUAUUGACCACAUGAGGUCGAAAGUAAGGUACAUCAAGACGUUGAUGUCCUGGAUGAAGGAACUUGAUAUUAAUGGAUUUUUGAUAUUUUAUGGGAGAUUGAUUGUGAUGCUAGUGGAGGGUGUGAGUGAAUGUGUGAAGGACUACCUCAUCAGGCACCGCACUGUCAACGUCGAUGUGGAUUCGAGUGGCCGGCCGUGUAAAGAGAGAAUGAUGAAAUGCCUGUGGGACAGACUUGUAGACACACGAAGGUUUGCGGGAUUCGAUGUCAUCGAAGUUCGGUCGGUCAAACAACUGGAAGACCACUUUUGUAAAGCGGGACUGAAAGCAAUCGCGCUCGCUUGUUCUGUAAUGGACGUCGACAACCCCGACGGGCCGAUCUACUGCGCCGAACAGAUCAAAAUACCGCCAGAGCUGCCGGGAAUAUUGAAGCAAUACACGAAGGCGGCGAUUCGCACUCAACCAAACGACAUUCUCGAAUGGUCGCUCGCGUACUUCAAGGCUUUAUCUACGAACGACGUUCCUCCAGUGAAGAAGCGGCUUGAGCUGGUGCCGUUAGAAUCGAAAGAAGCGCUCACAAAGGGGGGUCUCGCCAUGCUACACACUCAGUUGGGAGACAAAGAGACUGUCGCUCUAGACGAGUUGCAAGAGAAAUGGAAGGCGGCCGGCUUUAGCAAACAACAACUGGAAGACUUGAUAGGACUUGGUAAUUUUGGUGAGAAUGUGGAGUGGCUUAACUUUCUUUCGCUUGCUUGUUCGGCACUUGACAAUAACAUUUGUGCUGCAAUGACUUGUGUGUGUGAGAUCCUUUCGCCAGACCCGGAGGGCGGCCCGGCAAGAAUACCUCUUGAUCUCUUCAUUACUCUCUACACAUUUCUUGCCAAAGUCGACGGCGAAAUUUCAAACGAACGAAUCAAAGCCGUACAGACAUACCUGAAAGCUGACUGUGAGAAGCAAGGAGAUCAAGUCGGACCAGCGAACUUCACACACAUAGACUGUCCCAAACUUGGAGGAGAGUAGACGAUUAUUAUACGGGUACUUGCGUUUGUAGAUAUCCAUUAGUGGAAUGUGUAGCGAAUACGUUUACUUUCAACAUCACAAUCAAAACUCAA